AUGGCGGACGUAAUGUGUGCGCCAUUUUUUCAAAAUAUACCUCAUUUUAUCACACAACAACAGCAGCAACAACAACAAAUUGUACAAAAAUCCACGGCACAUUUGGAAAUUCAAAGGCCCAAAGAAGGUGGGGUUUAUACUGUUUUUCCGCCAAAAAAAUAAAAUUUUGAAUUUCAGAUCAGAAGAAAGUGUAUUAUUGUCAAAGAUGUCUGAAUCACGAUAGGACGGAGCCGAGAAAAAAUCAUAAGGUUGGCUUUUUUUUUUUGGGAAAAUUGAUUUGGCUAUAAAAUUCAAGAAUCACCAUUUUUUCAACAAAAAACAUUUUGUGAUUUUUUUGAAACAGUGAAAUUUUUCUCACUUAAAAAAUUGCCAGAAAAUUUAUCUGACCAAAAAUGUUCCCAAUUUUUUGAAAUUCUUGCUCAAAAAUUCCACAUUUCAAACAGUGUCUACACGGAUCAACAUUUUUUUCAAAACAAAAUUUUAUGAUUUUUUUAAAACAGUGAGAUUCACAUAGAAAAAAAUAAGACAUUUUUUGCUGCUGUGCAGUGUUUGCAGAUUCAAAUACGCAGGCGGAAAAGGGGUGAGAGACGCAGAAGAAUGUUCUAGAAUGCGAACAUUUUUCAAAGGAAAAAAAAAGUGCGCCGCAAAAUUGCAGUUUUGAGAGAAAAAAAGAGGGCGGAGUCGAGGGUCAGCGUGCGGUCAGAGGGUUUUGGUCGUAAUUUCGCGUCUAAAGCAAAUUUUUCUCAUUUUUUUCUAUGUGAGAUUUUUUAGUUCAAAAUUUUGUGUAUCUGUUAGAAUUUUUAUUUGCAAUGGAAAACAAUUUUCUCAAAAUAAUUUAUGAUUCUUUUGAAACAGUAAAUUUUUCAAAAAAAAAUUUCAAGAAAGAAAACUGAAAUUGUUUACAUAAACCCUCAUACUUUUGAAAAAAAAAAUUUAUGACUUUCUUGAAACAGUAAAUUUUUCUACUCAAAAAAGUGUUUAGGAGAAUGUUUCUGAUCUAAAUUUCAUUUUUUUUCGGAUUUUUUUGAUAGUGUUUAUUUUUAAAAUUUCAAACUGAAAAAUGCCGAAUUUUCUGGCCAGGCUUAAAAUUUUAGGGUAAAAAACUUUUUAACCUGAAAAUUAUGAAAUCAAACAAUUUCUGGUUUUUUUAUCUGAAGAGAAGGGACUUCAUAAUAAACUAGAAAUGUUACCCAAAAAAUAUAAUUUUUUUUUGAAACAGUGAGAUUUUUUAGUUCAAAAUUUCAAAAUCAAUCUGAUUUAUAUUGAUAUCAUAAAACGUUGAAUUUUUUGAACCUAAAAAGUUAUGAUAUUUUUGAAGCAGUGAUUUUUUCUGAACUAAAACAUAGCCAGAAAAUAUUUAUGAUCAAAAUUUUGGGAAUAUUUCAAUUUUCUUGCUCAAAAAUUGUUUUAGUUAUGUUUUGAAACUAGAAUUUUGGUUUCAAAACAGACUUUACUGGAUUUUUUUUUAAUCGAAUGUCCAAAAUCAAAUCAACAUCUUUUACAUUGUUUGUUCAAAAAUUUUACGGAUUUUUUGAAACAGUGAAUUUUUCUAACCCAAAAAAUUGCUAGAAAACGUUUAUUUCCUGAAUUUUUAUCAAUUUCUGGCUCAAAAAUUACAAAUUUUGAACAAUAUUAUUUUUCAUUAACAAUUCUGGAACACACUCCGCAAAAUGAUGAAUGAAAUCCAUUUAAAUUAAAAAGUUAUGAUUUUUUUGAAACAGUGUAUUUUUCCCUUUCAAAAAUUUCUGGUUUUUUAUUUGACAAGAAGAAAUAAUCAUUUAAUCAGAUGAUCAACAAGCUUAAUAUUUUAUUAAAAAAUUAUAUUAUUUUUGAAACAGUGAAUUUUUUCUUACCGAAAAAAUUGCUAGAAAAUGUUUAGUUCAUAAAUUUUUCUCAAUUUCUGGCUCAAAAAUUCCAAAUUUCCGCAAAUGAUGAAUAAAAUUCCUAUAAAUUGAAAAAAAUCUAUAAUGUUUUUGAAACAGUGAAAUUUUUUCUCACUCAAAAAUUUCUGGUUUUUUAUUUGACAAGAAGAGAUGAUCAUUUAAACAAGCUUAAUAUUUUAUUCAAAAAUUAAAAUAUUUUUGAAACAGUGAAUUUUUUGUAACCAAAAAAAUUGCUAGAAAACGUUUAUUUCCUGAUUUUUUUUCAAUUUCUGGCUCAAAAAUUCAAAAUUUUGUAUAACAUUAUUUUUCAGUAAGAAUUCUGGAAAUAACUUCGCAAAAUCAUAAUAAAAAUCCAUAUAAAUUCAAAAAUGUUAUGAUUUUUUUGAAACAGUGAAUUUUUUCUCACUCAAAAAUUUCUGGCUUUUUAUUUGACAAAGAAAAGAUGAUAAUCUGAACCAACUCAGUAUUUCAUUUGAAAAUUAUAUUAUUUUUGAAACAGUGAAUAAAAAAAAUUUUGUCUUAAAAUCUGACAGUUAUCAGAUUUUGCGAUUUUCCCAGAAAUUUUAUGAUUUUUUUGAAACAGUGAAUUUUUUUGCAGUGUGAAUGUCCUUUUGCAAAUUGCACAUGUUUCAAAUGUAGUCUAGUGGAAAAACGGCGAAAACUCAACCUACAACUUCACGAGCUGGAAGGUGAUGCUGAAAAUUUGAUUGGAGCUGAUGGAAAGAAAAUUCUAGAUCUGGAAGAGGAGGAUCGAAAGCUGAAAGGAGGUUCGGAUUGUUUUUUUUUGGGUGGUCCCUAA